ACAAAAUGGAGUGUUUUUUGUGAUGAUGCGUUCCGUUAAAUUUUGCGGUAUUAUUUGAGAGUUCAGGCAGUAAAGAGUGAGUGGACGUUAAGUGAUCAGUGGUGUGUACAUAUUUCUUACCCGGAAUGGCGUGAACAAAUCGCAAAAAUGCGUAACAGACUUCGAAAAAAGUGACGCUAGUACAGCAAACCCUAUUUUACCUCAGUAUGAAGGAAAUGGUAGGAGGCUGCUGUGUUUGUUCAGAUGAACGAGGGUGGGCUGAGAACCCCCUCGUUUACUGUGAUGGUCAAGGAUGCACUGUAGCUGUUCACCAGGCUUGUUAUGGAAUUGUAACCGUCCCAACAGGUCCAUGGUUUUGUCGUAAAUGUGAAUCUCAAGAGCGUGCAGCUAGAGUGAAAAUGUUGUCCAGCUCAUCGAUCCGCAAGAUGAAGAGGGGUGAACUGGAAGAGGAAUUGGCCAAGCGAAACCUCCCUCUUCAUAGCACGCUCACCAAGAUGCGUUCCACCCUAGCAGAGUAUUUGCGAGAGAAUAAAGGUGUCAGGGCUGUCGUAUUUGAACAGAGGUGCGAGUUGUGCCCCAGCAAGGAUGGGGCCCUUAAGCGGACCGACAACGGUGGCUGGGCCCACGUCGUCUGCGCCCUGUACAUUCCGGAAGUGCGCUUCGGCAACGUGACCACGAUGGAACCCAUCGUGCUGCAGAUGAUACCGCAGGAGCGAUUCAGCAAGGUGUGCUACAUCUGCGAGGAGCAAGGCAAAGGCUCGCGUGCCAACGUGGGGGCGUGCAUGCAGUGCAACAAGUCGGGCUGCAAGCAGCAGUUCCACGUGACGUGCGCCCAGGCGCUGGGCCUGCUGUGCGAGGAGGCGGGAAACUACCUGGACAACGUCAAGUACUGCGGCUACUGCCAGCACCACUACUCCAAGCUGCCUUUACAGUCUGUAAUGCCAGUUUCAAGAAGCAGAAAGAAUACCUUUAUUGUUGAUGCCGGCUUUGGAGAACCAAGAGUGGUGCAGAAGCAGAAGAAAGGUGGUAACGUGAAAACUAUACCCCCGUACAAGCCAAUCCCUGCGGACAAUGGUUCCGACUCGUCCCCAGAAAAGGAUUCCGAUGUGAUGGUGAAGUCCGGGGCAGGAGGGAAGAGGAAGGCCAGUGGUAAGGCGGCGACAGUGAGCUCAGGCGUACGCUCAGCUGGCGGGGGCAAGGCAGGCGGACAGAGUCCGGACAGUCACGUGACCUCCGGCAGCAGCGUCAUAGAAGUGGCCAGCGAGGGCCACAAAGUCGGCAGCCCGAGCGUGGGGAAAGACGGGCCGAACUCCGUGACGGCGCUUGCCGGAAACAGUUCCGUCGGGCCCACCAAGUUCACGACGUCGAACUUUGUCGAGACGGUAGUGACGCAGAGUGAAAGUGUUUUCGGGGCGGACGGGCCCCCGCAAGCGCAGAGAGGUAUUCCUGGCCCAGCGCCCCAGAACGUGACGAGUAAGAAGCGUAAAUCCGGGGGGAGCAGGACUCCGACCAAUGGCUUGAACUUCGAGAACUCUUCGGAGUCCAAUUCUCUGAACUGUGUUAGUAUUUCGACGUGCGGCGCCCCGACGAACUCUAGUGCAACCACGAUCGCAUCAAGCGCCCGCAUGGAAGGCGGCAUUAUGGUGGCGGACUCGAAGAAGAUGAAAUUGGAACCAGGCAUACCCACGUCGAGUGUUCUGAGCAUGGGACAGUCGCAGGCAGAGUCUGUGAUAAGCAACGCGAACGCCAGGACUACCCUCGUGCCGUCGACCAACAUGAUAGCCGCAAUCUCGUGCACGAACUCUGUGUCGAACGCGUCGACGUCGAGCAUAGUGGUGUCGGUUCCCCUGGCUGCAACUUCGCUGCAGCCAGCAGUGCCGGCCCAGCAGCAGCAGCAGCAGCAGCAGCAGCAGCAACAGCAGCAGCAGCAACAACAGCAGCAGCAGCAACAACAGCAGCAGCAGCAACAACAGCAGCAGCAGACAGUGGUGACGUCGCCGCCAACGUUGUUCCAGCAGCUGCAGCAGUCUGUGCUGGCUAACAAUGCAGCCAUGGGCAUCGCCAACAGCUCAGCCGAUGCAGCGCUAGCCACACUUGGUCUUCCGGAGGAGCAGCCAGGCAAGCGACAGAGGUCUCAGUCGUCUGAGAAGACGGACAAGAGCCGCAAGCAGAAGCGGGGCGUGCCCUCCGCCCCCAACGCCCCAUCUGUCACCCCGAGCAGCUCGCUGCCCGCGGCCGCUGCGCCCGGCAAGAGGAACGGGCGCGGCGGCGGCGGCGGCGGCGAAAACGCGCCCACGCCGCCGCCCCAGCCGCCCUCGUCGUCCUCCCAGCCGGCGCCGACGGGGUCCACCGUCACGGUCAAGGAGCUCAAGGAGUCCCCGCCCAGCAGCCCCGGCUCGGAGUCCAUCUCGAGCGUGAGCCAGUGUGGCCAGCGGAGGAACAAGAGCAAGCGCGGGAGCAAUGGCCGUGAGGAGAAGGACGUCAAACUGUUCCAGAACGGCGUGAGCGCCCCGCACAUGCUGGGCAACCAGCUCAACCCGGCGUCCAUGAUGGCGCAGAAGAUGUCGGACACGCUUUCCGCGGAGUUGGAGGCGCACAGCAUCUUCGACACCAGCAACACGGCUACCGCGUCCCUGGUGGGGCCGCAGCUGCACAGCCGGGUGAUAGCCUCGGUGCGAGGCAGCACCAGCAGCCAGCAGACGGCGGGCCCGGGUGGCGCCGCGCCCGCGGGUGGCGCCGGUGGCGCCGCGGCCGCCGGGAACAUCCCCCAGAACCUGGAGCAGCUCCUGGAGCGACAGUGGGAGCAAGGCAGCCAGUUCCUCAUGGAGCAGGCGCAGCACUUCGACAGUGAGUUCGCGUCACUGCUGUCGUGUCUGCACCAGCUGCGCGCGGAAAACCUGCGCCUCGAGGAGCACGUCAACGGCCUGGUCCAGCGCCGCGACCACCUCCUGGCCGUGAACGCGCGGCUGGCCAUCCCGCUCACCUCCCAGCCGGCCACCCACGCAUGCUGGCACGGUCUUCUUCUUCCAGUGAACAACGUGCACCCGGGCGCCGGGCUGCCCCAGCACCCGCCGCUCCAGCAGGACCCCGCCAGGGGCGCCCGCGUCAACAACAGCUACCUCCCGCACCCCAUGGAGAACGGCCUUCCCCCCGACCCGUCCCCGCCCUCCGCCAUGGGCUACCCCCACCAGCACCGCAGCCCCAUCACCGCGGCGGGAGCCCAGCCCAGCCCCACCAUCAGGCAAAGCCCCGCCGGCGGUGGCUACAUGCUGAGCCAGUCGCCCCUCAACCCACCGCCCCCCAGCUCCAACAUAGUGACCGCAAGCAGCGCCGCUCCUGGAGUGGUCAGGAGCACGUCCGGCACCCCGGAGAGCUUGCGGAGCGUCGAGAGCCGCAGAGCCUCCCAGCAAUCUAGUUACGUGUAUCAAGUGGUAUCUUCUGCUGCGCCAUCCCAUCAGAGUUCCCAAGUACCUGUCGUUACGACUCAACAGAUGGUGAUCAGAAGAGAUAGUUCUGAACUUCAUCACCAAAUGUCGUCAAGUAAGCCAAGUUGAAGAGAAUACUAUUUUCUCUCAUCUUUACAAAAUUCUUGUGUUCAUGAAAAGUUCAAAGUCAUUUUUGUAUGUGUGUAAUGAAAUUGAACUACUGUUUUUAUCUUCCAUGAUUUAUGUAUUUAUUGUGAUGAAUCUUCGGUGAUAUAUUAUGAACCCCUCAUUAACAUUAACGUGAACUUACAAAGAUAGUGCAUGUGUGAAGAGAGGUAUGUAUUCAGCAAGUUAUGACAUGAAGUAUGAGAAACACCAAGAAAAUAAUUUUGUUCCCAAAUGUAAUGUAGUACAUUUGGAUGCACAUCGUAAGUAUUACAAUUAAAAGACCAAGGUAGGAAGUAUUACAUUGUUUUAUUUAUAAAAAAAAAUUACUGCAUGAUUUCACUCUGAACGAUACUGUGUUUUCUCGCAUAAUAGUCGCAUAUUUUAUUCUAAAAUCAAGUUUGAAAAGUAGGGGUGCGACGAUUAUGUGGAAAAAAAAUUUUUCUUAGAUUAAGUUAUUCAUAAAAACAAAACCCAUUCAUGGAAAGUACGUUUAUUUAAAAAGUGAUGUAUAAAAGAGCACGCCAAACAAUUUAAAUUUAUAAGUCAUACAACAAAAACCUUUCUUCAACUUUAAAUAGAAAAACAUCUGUGAUCCAAAUGCAAACCGAACGAACGCAUAACUUCGUAUUACAUAACAUGAAAGAGUGCAGGCUAUCAAAUGUAGUUAAUUCAGCAAGUGAUAGAGAGCUCGCGUUGUAUGCAAUCGGCGAGAUAAUCGAUAUUCGGCUACGUGUACGCGCUCUAUACGGGAAGCGACACAACCAAAUAGAGAGUGUGCGUUGCAUGCACUCGGCGAGACAUCAAUAUUCGGCUCCGUGCGCGCGCUCUGUACUGAAAGCAACAUAACCAAACAUUGAUUGCAACGAGCGCUGGCUACAGUUUUGUAUGCGGUACACCGCGGCGAUGCUGAUGAACGUUUGAAGGUUAUAACAUUUAAAAAGUAUUUAAAAGAUAAUUUACACGUCAGACAACUUCAUACAUAUUUCCAUCAAUUAAAUAAAUUGGUGGUAAUGUCCGAAUAAAUAUUAGAUUUCUAUAUUAAAAUACAUUCAGGGUGUCUACUGACCCUGGAAAACCUGGAAAACCUGGAAAUAUCAGGGAAUUUUGUAAUCAGGGAAAAAUCAGGGAAUUUUUUAAAAAAUCAGGGAAUUUUUGUUUGGUAGGUUGUAGUUGGCAAUACGUUUUUUGUUUAUUGAUCAGCUUGCAUUGGCGUGGCAUCAUGUGUAUCCCCUCCCAUUUUUAUUUUUGAAUGGCAAAUAACGUACAAUUCCCACGUCCAAAUUCUUUUAUUUACCAUCGGAUUCGGAAGUGGCAUCAAAUCACGUGAUACAAACUGGUUCAAGAUGGUCUGUUAUCCUGCUGACGUGACGUGCUGCAGCAUGUGCUUCCCACGUUCAGAUUAUACCGACAGGUGCAUUUAAUUUUAAGUAUCUAUGGAUGCCCUCAACGUAAACUGGACAUUUUUGUUAGCGUUGAAAAUACAUAUCACAGACACUUUUGGUGAAGAUUCACCAUCUUUGCUAGAAAUUGGUAGCUGUGGGCUUCAUACGGUCCAUGGUGCUUUCAAAACUGGAAUUUCUGUUACACAAUGGGACGUUUUUAGUUUUUUGAGGCACAGUUACUAUUUGUUUAAGCACAUAUCUGCAAGGAGGGCAGAUUACAUUAGAAUAACUGGAUCAGAGCUUUUUCCCAAUAAAUUUUGUGCAAUCAGAUGGAAUACUGCAGUUGCUGAGCGUGCCAUGAAAACGUUACCCCACCUAAAGAAAUUGGUUAGUGAAGUUUCUAUUUCAUCUCUCUCUUUCAGUGUAGUGAAAUGUGCUCUUGAAGAUAAUCUUCUAAAAGUAAAAUUGACAUUCUUCCUUUUUUUUGGCAUCAGAGCUGGAAUUGUUUCUCACAAUGUUCCAAAGUGAAGCACCCAUGGCACCUUUUCUCUAUGAUUCACUGGUUUUAUUAGCUUUGGCAGGAAAAUUUUGAAACCAGAAGUACUGAAGAGCUUUAGGGAGAAACGCAAUGUAUCUCCAUUGGAUGUAGAUAACCAGGAAAAUCUAUUGACUGCUAACAAUAUCAAGUUGGGUUAUGCAGUACGCCAUGCCAUCAGGAAAGAGAAAGUACCAGAAAAGUCUGUCCUGUUACAGAAAAAUGAUAGGACUUGUCUAAAGGUUAUGGUAAAAAAACUUCAAGACAAAAGUCCCCUGAAGUACAAUCUUACCAAGGGAAUUUCCUGCUUAUGUCCGUCUGUGGCUUUAAAUUCGGGUGUGAGGAAACAGCGUGUGAAGUACAGUUUAGAAUGUUGUCUUCAAAACAGGUGGCUAUCAGGACAAGAAGCUGAUAACAUUGAGUGAUCAUAUCAGUUGGUAUGUUCCUUGCAAGAUUCUGCAGCACUGUUCUCGUCUUUUUCUCGAGAAGACGGGCGCCUUGAUCACUUGUGGAUGCUCAUUCUUAAGGCAUAUACAGUAGCUUCCAAAACAGGCCUUCUAAAGUUUGUGAGGAUGGUGUUGGUACUUUCCCAUGGAAAUGCAUCAUUGGAAAGAGGAUUUUCAGUGAAUUCUAAUCAACUGACUGAAAACUUGCAAGAAGAAAUACUGAUUGCACAAAGACAGAUGUAUGACUUUGUUCAACGUUCUGGAGGUGUAGAGCAGUAUGUAAGAAAUGCUAGUUGUAGGCGUAAGGAAGCCCUGCAAACAAAACAAAAAGAAAAGGAAGCUACAGACAAGAAGAAGGCAGAAAAAAGAAGAGUUGAAGAGGAGAUCAAGGCAUUGCAGUUGAAGAAGGCUCGAAUGUUGGAUUUGGCUCGUUCUGAAGUAAGUGCAAUAGACGCAAAAGUUGAGUCACUGCGAAAUUGAUGGGAGCUUCCUUUUACUAAUUUUUUUUUGCAAAAGGAAGUGUGUGAAAUAUUUGUAGCAGCAUCUUUUAUUUGCCAUCAAUUGAGUCACUUUGGCGACGUUUGGAAGAAGGUAAUUUUUUUACUAAUUUAAGUAAGUUGAAAUACUUUGAAACCCGUCAUUGUAAUAUUAUGCAAUUUUUUCAUUUUCUUGGAAUGUCAUAAUUGUGUUAAAGAAAACCUGGAAAAAUUCAGUUUUAGACCUGGAAAACCUGGAAAAAUCAGGGAAUUUAAUUUACUAGAUCUGGUAGACACCCUGUACAUUGUUUUAUACGGAAAAAAUACCCACACAAAGCGCUUGGAAUCUAAUAGCGGGACCAAAAACAUUAUGCGACGUUUACGCGAGAGUUUUUUUAUCCUAAUUUUGACGCCCUAAAAUAUGGGUGCGACUAUUACGCGAGUGCGACCAUUAUGCGAUAAAAGAGGGUAUUGGUGAAUUUACACAAGUAAAUUAUGAGAUCUCAUAGAAGUAGUAGAUGAAAAUUUUAAUUUACAAGUAUCUGCCAGCUAAGAUACGUUUAAUUAUUUUGUUAUUUUUCCCCACCUCCUUUGUUGCGAUCUAAAAGUGACCACCAUAUGGCCACUAAGGCUUUGUUCAUUCGUCAGGCAUUGAAAAACUGAGCACAAAUUGUUCAUUAUUUGUUAUGAUAUGACUGUGCAAGUUGGCCUAAAUGCACAGAGCUUAUAGUGGGGAAAAAUUUUGAAAGAAGUGUGAACAUUAAAAGCAUUUAAGAAUCAUAUCAGGUCUCUAAUCUUUCAUAACUAAUUUUUUAUUGUGCAUUUUGUUUGGCUGUGAGAAUGGCUAGAAUGGGUGUUUUUCCAAGUGUUUAUAUAAAUACAAAAAAAUGUUACACAAUAUGUAUUCAAAAUUAUUUUGUUUACUGUCAAGAAAUUAUGAGGUAAUCAAAUAAAAUCCUAUAAGAUUAUUGUCAAGAAAAAGAAUGAAACCAAUUGAAUGUCAUUUCAGUGUGGUGCAUGUAAAGGCAUCUGAUUUGGUGUGUGUUCUAACUCUAACAUGGAGAAUACUUCCAGGCAAACUACUACCUUAAGGUUAUUUGGUAUCUGUCAUCUCAUUAGUUGAUAGCUACAUAAAUUUUCAUUUUACUUAUUUAUGUAAAAUAAUGUGAUAUUUGUAAAAAAAAAAAAAGGGGGGGGGGGUGUUUGUCUGUAAAGUCAGUUUACGGACAAUAAUUAUACUUGAUAACGUCAUAAGAAAACAUUGAUGAAAAAUUGCAUACUUUUAUGAAUUGAAUUAUUAUCACUGAAUUAUAAUUAUUUUGUAUAAUACAAAGGAGUUAAUUGAAAAUUACAAUUUUUUUUUAUUGAAUACUAAAUAAAUGCAGUUGACUUUUUAUACAAUCGUUUAUAUGAUAUAAUAAUUUUUUUAGUCAAAAUUGUAAAAUAACCUAAUAUUACUGCACUCGCCGACUGAUGCUAUUUUUUUUAUUAAUCCAAGAACAAAUAUAUGAGAUUUUAUCACUAAUCAAAUUCUUAAAAUGCAAGAAUCAAUUACUUUUUUUGCCGCAGUUGUUGUUGUAAUAAACAAUGGAAACCACAUUAACUUUUCACUUCACUUUAUAAAAAGUUGACAAAACAGUUCUCGUGUAGGUUGUGUGCUGCCGCUGUCUCUCUUCUACUCGGACGCAUCGGCCGAUGGAGUGGAAGAGAGAUAGAUGAGUCACAAGCUGAUCGUGCCUCUCUAUCGCUUGUUCCGCGCUCGCUUGCACGCUCGGCUCAGACGGAACGUGACAAUGAGUCAUGCUUUUUCGUGCGUGCAGCCGGCGUUCAUCGAUUUAUAAGACGUUAUCGCGUCAAAAAAAAAACCUUGAUUCCAAGGUGAACUCAAAUGUAAGACACAAACGUUUUUGAUAUUCGAAACUCACAAUUCAAAAUGUAUCCAAGUUAGUUAAAAAUUUUGGGGACCAAGGUUGGCUUUUUAUUUAAGUCUCAUGUAAAUUAAUUAUUUAAAAUUUUGUAUAUGAAAAAUUAAACAUAACUUAUAAAUAAAAAUGCUUCCAGUUUGCAAUCAUGUAAAAAAAAAAAAUGCUGUAUUCAAUGUUUCGUACUUUUAACGAAUAGCAAAUAAUGUAGAUUUUGAAGUAUUUAUUUAUUUUGUCUAAAAGAACAGGUAUUUCCCAAAGAAAUAAACCUCCUUGGAGAAAUUUUAUUAAUUUUUUAAUAAGUUCUUUAGCUGUUGUUUGAUUCUGUUUCUCUAUAGAAUAUCAGUAUGAUUCCUGGUCUUUUGGAUUCUAUAAGACAACAAAUGGAAACUGGGAUACAAAGUAUGCUACCCACCCACCUAAUCCAAAAUCCUCGAGGAUAACUACAAACUAUAUCACCACAAGAACGAAAGAUGCACUCUAGACUCUAAGCAAGAAAACCACAAAUUGGCCUUAGCAGAACACUCAUCUAUCGCCAAAAAUAAUGCAGAUUUUGACCAGGAAACUUUUUUUGACAUUGAUAGGUAACUAAAUGAAUACCCAAACAUGUAGGUAUACCACAUAGGUAAGGGACAAGAUUAUAUGGUGAAUUGUGAUAAAACCGAAAUAACAUUGAAAAGCACGUCCAAACACUGCGAUUUCAAAUCCAUGAAUUCUUUUUCAUAAACUCGUAAUAAAAAAGUUUGGGGUACAUUAUUUUUUAAAUAAUGUAAAUAUUUUAAUAAAUUUUAAUAAAAUCAAGUAUCAAGUAAAAUACAUAAAAGGAUGAAAUAAUGGACCUCAAACAUUUUUAUCACGAGUUUAUGAAAAAGAAUUUAUGGAUUGGAAAUUGCAGUUCCAAGUAGUAUUAAGCACUUGAAUAUUAUUUUAAUUAUUAAAUUUAUUCCAUGUUUAAUCCUUUCUGGUGCCUCUUUCUGUCAGUAGAGUAUUUUACUUGGUCACUUUUGAAACUCCAAGCCGCAGUUAGAAAACAAAUUGUGUUUUAUGACAAGUUCAAAAGCAGCAGUGGCUGUGCAAAUCAUGUGUGGUGAUACAGAAUGGUCGCCUCGGAGAAUGUAAGGGGGUUACAAUGGUGUGUUGCAUUAUGCUUUGAAGCUUCUUUAUUUAUUUAUGGAAACUUUGAAAUUUCACAAUUUUUUUUUCUCAUACUUUGAAUUUUUGACAUUCAACAUGCAUCAACUAUAAAAAGCAUUUGCUGGCACCAUUAGGGAAUGGUCUUUUUACUCUUUUUAUUCACGAAGGGAGAUUAAACCUUAUGGCUUCUAGGCUAACUUAUGAAAAUAAAUAAUGAAAUUAAUAAAUGAGAAAUGAAUAGCUAGGAGGGGAAAUUUUUUUUUUUAAUUUUUAUUAAAAUAAAUUUUUGUUGACUUGAAAAAAAGUCUCUUGUGGUAACAUUGGAGGUGUAGUUAACAUUUGUUUUAUAAGUGGAAUCACUUUAUUCCAACUGCAUGCUGAUGAUUAUUUCCCGACCUGCUGUCUCAAUCUGGCAUCGUGAAUGCACCCUUGACAUUGUGUGAUAUUUUUAAGCAUAGGGAGUGUUCUUUUAGUAUCAAAAAUCACGAGUUGCGUGAAUUAAUAAAAUAUUUGCUUGAUUACAGACUGCAACACAAUUUUGUUGUAAAAUUCAGUUAAAAAAGUAUUGAUGUAUUUUUUCAUAAUUUUUUUUUUAAAUUUUGUGAUGCUUUAUAUGUAAUAAUAAUAUGUACCUAUUUUUACAUUGGUCUUCUAUGGAAUAGUCUUAUUUGUGUCUAUCUCUGGUGUGAUUGGUAUACAGGUAUGAAGUGAAAUUUUAUCCAGUGUGUGUAAUGAGAUGUUUGUGGCUAAUUUUAUUUCUUUUACUUGGUAGUUUUCAACAAAAUUUCAUUUCUUGACCAAAUACUAUUGAGAGAAAACUUAAGAAGAAGAUGAAUUAAGUUUAAUUAAGAAAAAGGUAGAAUAGUUGUCAUUAAUUAUAUUUGAUCACUGCCAUUUACUAGCAAUAUUAGAAAUCUGUCAGAUUAGUGCAUUUUCUAGAAAAGAACUAAGUAUGUGUAGUGUCAAGUAUUCGUGGACUAGUUUAAGUAUCAUAUUAUGUACUUGAGGUUGCCAGCAUUAAAUAUUCACUUUUGGCAAUUUCAAGCUGGAGUCCAUUGAUAACUUAUCAACUAUAUGAGAGUACAUGUAUGAAGGCAUAAAGAUUGGAAAGAUAUUAUUUAUGACAUUUAUUGAAAAAAAAUAAUUGAAAGGUGAUUUAAAAUUUAAAAAAAAAAAUUUAUUCCUAAAUAGUAUUUUACUUAUUAAAAACUAGAAUGAAACAGUUCAAUAAGUCUCAACAUUUUUAUCAUUGCAAAUAAAAAUAUUUGUGGAAGCGCUUUAUUAAAAUGUCUUUGUGAAGUUUUUAAAGUGUAGAAUAUUGGAAUACAAAUUUUUUUAAUUUGUAAAGGUGUUGUGAUUAAACAGUUGAAAGCCCCUAAACUCAACUGACUUAAACACCAUUCAAAAUAACUUAAGCAGCUAAGAUAUUGAUCUAGUUUUGGCUAUUCUUAUAGCUGUGCAUAGAUAAAAAUCACUGAAGCAUAAUCAAAUAAUAAUUUGCAUUGCCAUAAUUAAUUGUAUGGUGCAGUCUAGGCACAGAAGACCAUUAUUUUUAUUUAGCUCAAAAUCUUUUCUUCAGCAAUGUUAUUGAAGAAGGAAACACAAGAAAAGGUAUCUGUAUUUCCCUACGUGCAAUUAUAUCUAAGACCUCAAUUCUUGGUUUGAUUCUUUGCUGUUAUGCAGUAGAAGAUGAAACCGAACAUAACUACCACAUCUUAUCCUGUGAUCACCACUUUUGGCACACCAUGUUUACCCAUAUCUAAUACGAUACUGAUUACAUCAUAUAUCAUGUACGUAAUACAAAGCUACAAACUAUUGAUAUCAAAAUACAUUUAGCAUAAAUGGUCUUCCAAAUAAAAUAAUGUAAUUUACUGAUUUCUAAUGAAUUAAAUCUUAUUUUAUAAGAUCCCUUCAAAUCAUUGUAUUUUUUUUAUGCAACAGGUGGUAGUUUUUUUUAUGUUAAUUUGUUAAAUAAAUAAGUAAAGAAGCCUGAAACUAUGGUGGGUGGCUUAAUGAACAAAUUUUGGCAAUAAGUAAUACAUAGAUAUGUAAAAACAUAGUGUUUCAUUAAUUAACAGGAAUUGUUACUAAAGAUAAGUAAAGAAGGAAGAACCCCGCCUAAGAAAAUUUAAGUUUCGAUUUUUUUUGUUAGGAAAUAGUGUACCAUAAAUACUGUAGUUGUGACUGUCAUGUUCCAACCUGUGGAAAGUUUUAGUGUGUUAUUUAUUAUUUAUCUUACAUUCUUGAUUAUAGUCCAUAUUUGGGCUCAUGUUAUUUUUAUGUGGUUUUGCCGUUUCUUUAAACUAUGUAAUCGUGUCAUUUUAAAGUAUGUCCUUUCUUACCAUUAAUGUCUGUCCUGUAAGUAUUUAACUAUGUUAAGCAUCAAUACAACAACAUACUUGGAAGACCUACAAUUUUAGUACUUAAUAAUAAAAUUGCUUAAUGCUGAAUUCCUACAAAUAGAAAACAUCUUGUAAGGAUCAGAAAAUAUGUGCUUUGCACUGAAAAAUUCUUUACAGUGAGGUACAUUUUAAAUUUAUUUCCACUUGUAUUAAAAUCUUUGAAGGUGGAUAUUAUGUAAAUUAAUUUGUUAAAGAUAGUCAAAGAAACAGAAAUGUUCAGGCAUCAUUAUGGUAAACAUUGCCACUGUGCUAAUUCGUCAGUACUAAUAGUGUGCCGAUGCUAAGUUAGGACAUACUCACUUAUCUGGAUGAGAAUAUGUAGAUUUUAUUUUAAAAGACUUUAGCCAGAUGUUUAAUUAUUAUUAGUAUUAAUGCAAGUUCUGCUAAAUUUUACACUAAUAACACUUGUAUAGUUAGCAGAAAGUUAUUUUUGUUAUUUUUGUAUAAAUUGGUGUUUGUAAAUGAAGUUUGUUUGGCAUGCAUAAUAAUACAUAUAAUUUCAAAAACAAAUAUUGUUUAUCAUAAUGAUUUUACUAGAAGCUACUUUCAAUUUUAGUAGAACUUUAAUUUUUUUGGCAAGAAUUUUUACUAAAUUUUUACUGUAAAAUAAUUACAAACACUGACUGAUGAAAUCAAAAUUUCAUUAAACUUUUUGAAGUUGUAUCAUCAUUGUUUGGAAUCGUACAUAUAAUAGUUAUUUGUAAAACAAAAGUUUCAAAAAAAUUUCUUUGUAAAAUACUGAUAGAGAAUUUAAAAAAAAUGGAUAUUGUUGAUACAUUGUAGAACUGUUUUUGUUUUGUAUUUCAGGUUAUGUUUGGUUGUUAUAUAGUACUUUAGUCCUGUAUGAAAAAUUUUAUAUUUGUCUAAUUAUAUUGAUUGUGUUAUUUGUUUUUUAAAUGAUAGGUGUGAUUUAGUACAUUUGUUUUAGGAAUUGUAAUUUUUUUUUUAUUGAGGAAUAGAAAAUAAGGAUUUGUGAUGUUCGUGGUCUGUAACACUACACAUGUGGGUUUUUUUUCCCCAGGAACCAUAUGUAUGAUAAGGGUUAAAUGUUCGAAAUAUUAAUUGUAAGAAAAUGGGGUGUAGCAUUGUGAGUAGCUGAAUGGUUCAGCAGUGAUUACGAAGUGAUUAUAAUUUGCUAAUGCAACAUCUUUUUGGAAGAAAAGAAAAAUUUCAAAAAUUA